AUGUGCACAAUAGAGAAAGAUCUAAGAGAUCUCGGACCAGGGCCAGGAGCACAUUAUCCAGAACUAUGUCCACCAAUGAAUCACAAAAUUAGAGCUCCUGCUUAUAGUAUUAAAUCUAGAAGUAGAAUAAAAUUUGAUGAUAUUGGACCUGGUCCAAAUGCAUAUAUCUUGCCAACUUGUAUAGGACCAAAAAUUCCUGACAAAGUAGCUCAAGGUGCCUUUUCUAUAGCUGGAAUUCAUAGAAUUAAAGAAGAAGAUGUUGGUCCUGGUCCAGCAGCUUAUAGAAAUAUUCGAACUGAUCUUGUAAAACGUAGUGCUCCAGCAUUUAGCUUAAAAUGGAGGACUCAUUUAGCAGAACUAGAAUUAAGUCCAGGUCCACGAUAUUAUCCUUUAUAUAAUACUGGAAGACGACAACCUAUGUAUUCUUUUGGAAUAAGACACAGUGAAUGUGCUGGUUUGCCUAUCACUGAUAUAGAUGAAGAUUAAUGAACUAUUAAUUUU